CUCACCUUUGGGCCCAGAAGACCCUACGGCCUGACCUCUGGAAAUCGGAGCUCACACUAGAAGCCUGCCUAAUUGCUUCAGGUUUAGACUCCCAGCCAGCAGUGAUAUUUCUGCAAGAACUGUCUUCUUUGUUCUCAGCCAUGGCUUAGAAAGAGGGAUGCUGGGGUUCCUAAGACCAGUGCUGAGGUGGCCGUGACAUCUCAUGGGCCUUCCGGGGAGGCUGGGCCUUUUGCUGACUGGCCUGACCGUGGGGCUGCUGCUGCUCUUCAGCUGGGUGACACUUGCUCAGCCGACCUCUUUCUCAGCAUUGGCCCACCACCCUCACUUGUGCCAAACCACCUGGGAUGCUGAUGGCCGCCACUACCCCGGUUUUUUCUGUCCUCGGCUCUCUGAUACCCCGGAGGAAGCCUACUGCUGCCACCUGCAGGCGGCAGGGGGCUCCUGCUGCACCCGGACUGAAUUUGAGGCCUUGUACCAGGUCAACCUGUCCGCCCUUCCGCCCCCACCCAUCCUCAGGGGCCGGGGCCCGCUCCUAGCCCUGGGUCUCUAUACCCUGCUGCUCGUGGCCCUGAUGACCGCCGAUCUCGUGCACUUCUGCCGCGGUCGGGGCGGGGGUCGGCGCCGGGGCCCUUGCCGGCCUCCCUCUGGGUCCUCCGCCGCGCGCCCCCUGCAGGUCCCGGUGAGAACAAACUAGGCGCGCCCAAGGCCUGUCGGCGCCGCGGACCCGA